CUCAGCGCUCUGAUUGGCCCAACCGAGGACAUGUCUUCGCUCGUCACAAUCAAACAACACCCCCUUCUUUUAAGUCGUUUAUGUGUAAUUGAUAUCGUCCCCGAAGAAAAAAACGGCUGGAAUUAUAGUAUUUUGGGGGCAGAGAAGUGAAAGUUGCGACGGGGGUCAGCCAUGAAGAGAGAAAUCCGUUGAAGAAUGAAUGUGUGACUGAGAGUAAUCAAGAUGAACUCUAAAACACCCCGUGACAACCCCAACCCUAAGAGAAUGAUGUCCUUCUCAAGAAGAAAUGGACGAUGAAGUUGUGGAGGAUGGGCUGUGCUGGCUUCAACAGAAAUGUUCCUAGUUGUUGAGGAAGUGUAGCCAGUGUGGUUUGUAGAGUCAAAAAAUAAUUUACCGUUGGUGUUUAGUUGGGAAACCGCAUUGACAGUCAAUACAGCGCAUUAAAUUAAUCUGAUGGAGUACAGUGAGAGGGUGCUGUGUGGGACAGGGGAGGUGGAGCUGGACCCCAAUAUUGUGAGUGAAGAGGCAGGAAAACUAUACUCAGAACUGCAGACAGUUAUUGAGACCCAUGGUGAAGGUGUGGUCGAGUCGCUGGUGCCCAUAUUCGUGUGGGUCCUGGAGGGGUUGGCCAGCUGCAAAGCCCAGCUGAGAGACAGGGAAGAGGAGGCGGAGAGGGAGAAAGCAGAGCGAGAAGAGCUGCUGGAGAGAUACCAAGCAGAGAGAACACUCAGGAAGGAAAGUCAAGAGAGGUAUCUGGAACUGGAUGAUCAAAUUGAACAAGAGAGGAGAGCCAUGAGGGGGAGGGAGAAGGAGAAAGAACGGCGGGAGAGAGAUCUGGAGAAGAAAGCAAGAGAGCAAGCUGAUCAGUUGGUGGCCUUGGAGGAGCAGAAGGCCAGUCUGGGCAGAGAACUCAGCACACUGAAGCUUACACACAGCAAGUUGGCUCACACAUAUCGGGAACUGUUGGAAAAGAAGAAGGAUUCUGAAAGAGACUCUCCUCUAAGGAAUCACAUUCGUUCCAAGAAUCCUGAAUUUCCAUCUAACCAAGUCUUGUCAGACUCCAGUGUUAAUGAACAGAUACUUCAAAGACCACAUUCAAAUUCUGUUCCGUCGUGUUUUGGAGAUCUAGUAGCCAAGGAGGAGAGGGCGGUUGACAUUGCGGUAAAGCCCACUGCAGAUCAGUUUAUCAAUGACAUCAUCAGCUCCACCCCUGAGCUGAAGCAGUUUCAUGGCUGUGUGGAUGCAAGCACUCCAGUUGCCAGAACUAACACCAAAGAGCCAUCAAGUAAUGAGUUGGAGACCAGCGUGGAGGACGAGAUGGCAGACUUGGAGGAGACUGAGAGGGAGAGAGAGUACAAAGUAGAGGAGGAGCACAGUGGAGAGAGGCAGGAAAAAAAUGAGGAGGAGGAGGAGGUGGAGGAAGAUGAUAGUAUGGAGUGGGAGCUACGCAACACUGACUCUGUGUUCUCUGAACUGUCAGAGCUGAGUCGGGACUAUGUGGAGAGUGUGGACCAAGGGGCCAGUGUUAGAGGCAGCACAGAUCAGUUUGAGGAGAUUCUUUCUCAGUAUGAGGAACUGAAAGUCACCCAUGAAUUAGUAGAUGCUGCCCGUAAAGCUGUGAUAUCUCGCGUGGUAGAGCUGACUGACGACCGCUCAGCUCUUAAACUGGAAGUGUCGUCUCUUCAGGACACGGUGUCACGAUUAGAGGGGCGGGUCAAGGAGAAAGAGGAGGAAAUAAAGAGACUUCGGAAAGAACUGGAACCGUUCCAAUGUGAGGAUGCUGAUGCCUCUUUUCCCACAUCCAUGCGGCACUUCUCUCGUUCUGAAAUGGCUCGUGUGGUCAUGGAGAAGAACCAGUACAAGCAACGCCUGUUUGAGUUGCAGGAGGCAGUGAGACGCAGUCAGACUCUCAGAGCAACAAAAGAGGAGAGGUUCACAGAGGACAGAGGGUCAAGUGUUUGGAGAAAGUUCAACCGCUUAUUUGGCAUCUCCAAGGAACCCUUAAUCCGACCACCUGUGUCUGCCUUCCCCCCGCGAGUGACUUCUCCAUCAGUCACUCGCUCUCCUCUGGGGUCUCCACAAUUACCGGCUGUCAGUCUAACCCACACUGAAAGCAUUCUCCCUAGAUCUGCCUCUCCUGCUGCUCUCUCCCCUCGUGUCAGGAGGAGAGAACUCUACAAAGAAAUUCGCUCACACAUUUGGGCAUCGCUUGGAAAACGGCAGAUACACGGGUGGAGCACACCACUGGCAAACACACAGGAAUCCCAAGAACCUGUCCCAGAGCCUAAAGAUGUGCCUGUUCUAAUGCAGCUCAGACUGUUGGAUCAAAGAGACUCCACAGCUAAGCUGAACUGUGCGGUUGCGGUCGCACCUGAGAUCUCAGGAGAGGCCACGUGUUCUGUGUGGGUAGUUUCUGGCCCUGCCUUCAGCAGCGAUAUUACAGUGAUUGACCCGGCACGGUCCAACACGGUUCUGGAUCAGUUCAGCCUCCCUCCUACAGCUCCUGCCCUCUGCAUCUGUGCUGUGCCUCCUGUAGGUGACACUGCUGGAACUGUGUGGAUUGGAACUCAGGAAGGAAGUAUACUGGUACACUCAGCCUCUGCUGGCAGGAGGCGCUGUCUGCAGUCUAUUUCCCUCUCAGAAGGCAUCCAUUCGCUCACGUAUUCCCAGGAACAAGUUGUAGCUGGUUUAGCUGAUGGAACAUUAGCAUUUUUCUCACCUGGCUCAGGUGGCUGGAACCUACUGUCACACUAUGUGAUGCCUCUUGGAUCGAACCCUUUGCAGCCCAUUCGCUGCUGCCUUGCUAAAGGUAGCCGUCUGUGGGUGGGAUAUUGGAACAAAGUAUAUGUGGUUGAUACUGAGAGCAAGAAGGUUGAGCAAUCAUUCUUGGUCUCCGAGCGCAGUGAGCAGCAGGUUCGUUUCCUGUGUGCUGGUGGGAGCGGAGUUUGGACAUCAUGCCGACUCGACCCAAUCCUCAGACUGUUUGAUUGGUCCACAGGACGGCCGCUACAGCAAGUCGAUUUUACCGCUUUGGUCACUAAAACAUUAGGCCAAGCCUUCCUGACACUCUCCCCUCUGCAGAUCUCGUCUCUCGCGGUCAUCUCAGGCCGACUGUGGGUGGGCACAGGAGGUGGCGCCCUCUUCUCCAUUCCGUUAUCCAUAACGUCGGAGGCCGUUUCCAUCCCAUAUUGCUCCAUUGCAUCAGCCCAGCUGUGUUACCAUGGACACAGACAAGCUGUCAGGUUCAUCAUCGCUGCACCUGGUUGUUUGAUCACCUGUCCUGGCAGCAGCACCGUCACUACCUCUCAGCUCAUCCUCAGCGGAGGGGAGGGCUACAUCAACUUCCGAAUCGGAGACGAUGAAAGCGAAGGAUCAGUUGAGUUGUCCCAAGCUACACCUCAGCGGUCCGAACGAAGUCACAUGAUCAUCUGGCAGAAUCCCACCCCCUCUAUGCCUAGCCCCGCCCUCUGACAUUAUUCAUCUCAUUGAUCUGCCCUUUUGGAAAAAGACAGAUCAGACAUAUUUACUUCACCAACAGAGCGUCCCCAUAGAGCUGAAUGAACCAACGUCUCAUAACAGUAUCCUCUUAAUAGAAAAUAUAUAACACAUACUGUUUCAUCCUUGUUUACCUCAUUCAUUUUGACUGGAUUAUCCAUGUGGGUGUUGAUGCCUUACUGUGUGCCUUUUGUAGAAUUGGUCAUUGGUAAUUCAGCUGCCUUUAGCUUUGCAUUAACAAUGCCUUCAGUUUUGCUGAACAUGCAAAAUUGUCAUUGACAUCUUUAUUCCAUCAAGUGGCCACCUGUUCCUCCUGUCAAACAUCUUUUGAUCAAAAACUGUAACUUAAUAAUGUGGCUGCUCUUGAAGCUGCUGUUUAUUUUCUUUGUGUGAACUGUGAACUGGAAACAGGUAUUGGUUUUGUCUCAGCGUAACGACAAUCAGACAGUUCUUAUAUCCCGAUGCUGCAUUAGGAUUGGGUAUAACUUCUUUUGAUCAGGGUUUGUGUGUUUCAAAUUCUACUGCUCCACAUCACAUGUGGUAUAACUACUUGUAACUUCACAUUUUAAAUAUGUGACUGUAUAAAGAACAUGUGAUAUACUUACUUUUAAAUGAACAACUGAAAUGCUUGUCCUUACAUAUUAUUUAUUUUCUCAAUCAGUUUGUUUGCUUAAUAUUGGUGGAUGUCUUAAUUUGUUUUGAUUUCAGUAUCUUUUGUAAAAUGGGGGAGAGAACAUCUUUCAAGUGUCCUAUGCAGUAUUUAUGUGCACUUACAAGUUUAUAAGUACAGGUUGAUGUCAUAGCCGCCUCCUAAUCUUCUUGGACAAACAGUUAAGACUUGAGUAUUCAUUCUGACUCGACCUUGUGCAAUCGUGAUUAUUGUCAAUAAAACAUGUCUUGAAUGGUUAA